AUGGCGGGAUCAAGUGCCUCAGAGGUGCUUUUUAUCUCUGUCAAUCACAGCAUCACUUUAAUGGGAAAGGUGUGGCUCAUCGUGAUGAUCUUCCUCCGUGUCCUGAUCCUCCUCUUCGCCGGUUAUCCUCUCUACCAGGAUGAGCAGGAGAGAUUUGUGUGCAACACCAUCCAGCCUGGUUGCGCCAACGUGUGCUACGAUCUGUUUUCUCCCGUUUCACUCUUCCGCUUCUGGCUGGUGCAGCUUGUCAUCGUGUGCAUCCCUUACAUCCUCUUUGUCAUCUACGUGGUCCAAAGGUGUCCAACGCCCUCACGGUGGAGCUGAACUCCCAGAAACAAACCAAAGCCUUUCAAGCAGCGAGGGUGGGCCCGGUUCUUCAGUGGAGCCUACAUCCUCCAUCUGAUGUUCAGGACUCUGCUGGAAGCAGGCUUUGGAGCAGCUCACUACUAUCUGUUUGGUUUCUACAUCCCCAGGAGGUUUCUGUGCCAGCAUGCUCCGUGCACAACCCAGGUGGACUGCUACAUCUCCAGGCCCACUGAGAAGACUGUGAUGCUCAACUUUAUGCUCGGCAUGGCCGCUCUGUCCUUUUUCCUGAAUGUGCUGGAUUUUAUCUGCGCCGUCAAGCGCUCAGUGAGACAGAAGAGCAAGAGGAAGAUGAUGGUGGAGAAAAUACUAGAAGAGGAGCAAUGCUUCCUUUCAGCAGGAGGGGUGUCUAGGGGCAACGACCAAGAGCAGGAAGCACAAGACGGGCAAGAGGGGGGUUUCCGGAAGAGGAGAGGCAGCAAGGGGUCUUGUGGAGUAGGGAAACGCGAUUUAGCUCAGGAACCUCCAUCCAUGGAGCGCUACUCUCUUCCUCGUUCUCUCGGCCCGCUGGGCUGCACCAUGAACGGUAACAAUGCCGAGUCGGUCUCCCAGGAGGAGGCUCCAGAAAGGGCCGGCAGCGAGGUGGCUCUCUGUCCCCUGGAGCCCAUGGGGACGCCCAGAUCUAUUCGUGUUAGCAAACGGGGCCGACUCAAACCUCCACCCCCACCCAGACGUGACCUUGGUUUUCCCUCUGUGGGGCCAUCUGCCCCGGUGGGAGAUAUUUCCACAGCAACAGCAAUCUGUACCAGGAAGGUGGGCCAGUACACGCUGGUUGAGGUUGGCUGCAGCGCAGAGCUGCAGACGGGUGACAACGGGCAGGAGAAAAGAUCCGAGUGGGUCUGA